UUAAUAAUCCAAUGCCUUGAGUUAUAUACAAUAUUGUAAACAAUGCUACCUCCAAAAACCUAAAGAAACCUGUAAUGCAAAACAAGAAUCAAAUGGACAUCACCCCUGAUCAGUUACUGAGGCCCACACACAUUUAAAAUAAAAUGGUCCCUGGGUUGAGCCAGUAUUUUCUCUUUUCACUGGAAUAGAAAAGGGAAGCUUUCUCUUUGCAAGUUUGCAUUCUCUCAGGGUUUGUUGGGAGUGAGGUGAUAACAGAGUGGGAAUGUUUACCAGAUGCUGGGGGUGUGGUGACAGCAGCUGCUUCUGCCCAACACCUUUCCUAUAUAAACUGGGCUGCGGCUCCACGUGGGAGCCUCCUUCGGUCCAUUACCUGCGCAGGGAGCCCCGACCAUGGCUUCUUGCCCUGAGCUGGACAAUGCCCAGCGCGAAUGUACGGAGGGGGCUGCUAGUGGGCCGCGCACCCAGCCCGGGGAAGACGAGGACACCCUCAGAAAUGACCCUGGAGCCCCUGUAACAGAGACUGAGCUUCUGCCAACCUGCUCCACUGUGACUCUGAUGGAGGUGCCUGCAGAGGAGGAAGACCCCUGGGGCCUGCUCGCCCUUCAGGACAAGGGCAUCAAGUGGUCAGACAGAGACACCAAAGGGAAGAUUCUCUGUGUCUUCCAAGGGAUUGGGAAAUUCAUUUUGCUUCUGGGAUUUCUCUACUUCUUCGUGUGCUCCUUGGAUGUGCUCAGCAGUGCCUUCCAGCUGGUUGGAGGAAAGCUCGCUGGACAGUUCUUGAGCAACAAUUAUAUUAUGUCCAACCCCGUGGCGGGACUGAUGAUCGGAGUGCUGGUCACUGUCCUCAUCCAGAGCUCCAGCACCACCACAUCCAUCACUGUCAGCAUGGUGGCCUCCUCACUGCUGACCGUGAGGACCGCCAUCCCCAUUGUCAUGGGGGCCAACAUCGGGACGUCCAUCACCAACACCAUCGUGGCGCUCAUGCAGGCGGGAGACCGCAAUGAGUUCCGAAGGGCUUUUGCAGGGGCCACCGUCCACGACUUCUUCAACUGGCUCACGGUGCUUGUGCUCCUGCCCCUGGAGGCCGCCACCCAUUACCUGGAGGUGCUGACCGACAAGGUGCUAGAGACCUUCAAGUGGAAGAAGGGAGAAGAUGCUCCAGCACUUCUGAAAGUUAUUACAGAUCCUUUCACGAAGCUCAUUGUCCAGCUGGAUAAAAAAGUGAUCAGCCAAAUUGCAAUGAAUGAUGAGUCAGCAGAAAAUAAGAGUCUGGUCAAGAUUUGGUGCAAAACUUUGACCAAUGUGACUCAGAAGAAUGUCACUGUCCCCUCACCGGAGAACUGCACCUCCCCGUCCCUCUGUUGGACGGUUGGUGUCUCCACCUGGACCACCAAGAAUGUGACCAACAAGGAGAACAUCGCCAAGUGCCAGCACAUCUUUGUGAAUUUCAACCUCCCGGAUUAUGCUGUUGGCAUCAUCCUGCUGAUUGCCUCCCUGCUGAUCCUGUGUGGCUGCCUGAUUAUGAUUGUCAAAAUCUUGGGUUCCAUGAUCAAGGGACGGGUAGCUGGUGUCAUUAGGAGGACCAUCAACACUGAUUUCCCCUUCCCCUUCGCUUGGGUGACUGGCUACCUGGCCAUCCUUGUGGGAGCAGGCAUGACCUUCAUUGUGCAGAGCAGCUCUGUGUUCACAUCUGCUCUGACCCCACUGUAUGGUAUCGGCGUGAUAUCCAUUGAGAGGGCCUAUCCACUCACGCUGGGCUCCAAUAUCGGCACCACCACCACCGCCAUCCUGGCCGCCCUAGCCAGCCCUGGCAACACUUUGAGGAGCUCACUCCAGAUUGCGCUGUGCCACUUCUUCUUCAACAUCUCAGGCAUCUUGCUGUGGUACCCCAUCCCGUUCACCCGCCUGCCCAUCUACAUGGCCAAGGGGCUGGGCAACAUCUCAGCUAAGUACCGCUGGUUUGCUGUCUUCUACCUGCUCUUCUUCUUCUUCCUGAUCCCGCUGGCAGUUCUGGGUCUCUCGCUGGCCGGCUGGCAGGUGCUGGCGGGCAUAGGAGUGCCGGUCAUCUUCGUGAUCCUUCUGGCGGUGAUCAUCAGGUUGCUGCAGUCCCGCUGCCCAAGCAUCCUGCCCUUGAGGCUGCGGACCUGUAACUGCCUGCCCACGUGGAUGCGCUCGCUCCAACCCUGGGACGGACUGGUCUCCAGCUGCUGGCAGAGGUGCUGCGGCUGCUGCAAGUGCAGCAAGUGCUGUGAGGACCUGGCGGCGGUGGAGAACCCCCCCUCUGUGGCCUUGGAUAACUUGGCCAUGGACAGAGAGGCCCAGGAUGCACCCCCCAUGUCUAAAGUGAACCCUCUGGGUAUGAACUCUGACAGCAGGAGCACAGACUUGUAGCUGCCCCUGUGGUCUGUGGAGGCCCCGAGUCCUGUGCAUUCAUGCAUCUCAGGUUCUGCGUGAUUCUCUCCACCUACUGGGAUUUCUUUCCCAUGAAGCGACGGAGUUGACAUCAACACUGUCCUUCAUUUCCCUCUGCCCAGCAAAUCACCUGUAGGUAGUUUGAUCUCAAUCUCUCCUCCUGGGUCUUCCACUCCCAGGAAGGCCCAGAACAACACUGAAAGAAAAUCAAAUGAAAUGAAUUUCAGAUAAUUAAAUGAAUUGAAUGAAAUCCCUAGAGAUUUGAUCACACCGAGCACAGCACACAGCUGGGCUGGUCAUAGGAUACAUUCUCAGUCUCAAAACAGCCUCUUCUGAAAAAAGUCACUUCAAGAGAGGGAUUUUUGGAAGUUUCUCAAAGUGCACAGGUUUGCGUUUUUCUUUUCUGUGAUAAAUCAGGUAUCUUCACCAAAGACUUGCCAACCGAGAACAGGUACUUGUGCCAGGUCUCCUUGUGCCAGACCAGCCAGUUCAGGGGAAACCUCGUAAUUAUGGAGAGGCUUUAAGAAAACCCCCCAUGUGGAUCAUUCCUGCUCCCCAGUGCUCUCGUAUCCCCUGCCGGGGGCUCCCCACCUGGGCAGGU